AUGCAGGAACUUUUAGGUACUGUCAAUAGAUAUAGACUACGUGCUGGAUCAUCUUUAUCUUUUGGAAAGACUGUGCCAAAAAGAGCGGCAGUACAGUUUGUAGGUUCAUUUGUAUACCAAGGGCGAUUAAAUUCUUUUUGUGCUGCAUUAGUAGCUCAUUUUAUGGUUUCAGAUGAAGUACUUAUUGUUGCCUCACGUGAUGCUAUUCAAAGAAUUUCCUGCGAUGGUUAUACUCUUGAAGCAGGUAAUUCGGUUACCGGACCAAGUGCAGGAGAAAUUUCUGGAGUUGCAGCAUCUGGAAAUUCUGCAACUGUUUGCUAUGGUGGUGGGAUUGCUAAAUACUCUUCAAGGUUAUCUUUGGAAAGAGAUGUUGGUUUUGGUGGUUAUUCAAAUAAUAUUCUUAGUGUGGCGAUCACACCUGAUGGAUCAUGUAUAGCAACUGGAGGAGGAAAUGCAACUGUUACAGUUUGGUCACGUGAUAUGAGUCCUUUUCAUUACCUUUCAGGUCAUACAGAUUGGGUGCGUUUUGUUAAAUUUGCAAAAGGACAUAAUGGAAAAUUGCAACUAUUUAGUACAGGUGAUGAUGGAUUAAUUUUUCUUUGGGAUCCUUUAAUUGGUGUUAUGUUAUCAAGAUUAAAUUAUUCGUAUGGAGAGAGUAUUCAUGCUUUUGAGGUUUCGUGGUUAGAUGCCCUUGUGGCUAUAGCAUGUGAUAGUCCAACAAUAGCUCUUUUUAAACUAGAGGAUAAGAUUGUGAAGGAAACAAGUAGUACUGCACCACUAAAACUAAAAAAAAUAGGAGAAAUAUCUGAUUUACACCAUUCUGUUCCAACUGCCCUCAGAUUUUCAGGAGAUUCUCAAUGGGUUAUUAGUGCUGCUGAGGAUGAAACACUUGCUGUAACUUCUGUUUAUGAACCAAGAAGUAGAUUUGUAUGUUGUAAUUUUAUUACAAGGCGACAUUGUAUUACUUUUAUGAACACAUUUACUUCUCUUUGUGUUCUCGCUUCACCACCUGAAUCCUCUGUUAUUAUUCUUGCUGCAUGUGCUAGUGACGGAAGUGUAGUUCAAUGGGUUGUUAACCCUACAACCUCUAGGUCCAGUUAUACAAAAAGAUUACAAUUGCACCUUGGUGCGCUCGUGGCUAUGGAUGUGAUAAGGAAUGUCUCGGAAUCUUAA